AUCUUUGCAAAUCUUCACUUAUCUCAGAAGUCAUAACAUCUUUUAACUCUCCAACCAUGGCUUCCCAAGCGCACAGUCGGUUCUGCACCUCGACCAGACCCAUCUACCUCGACCCACCCAGAAACUCUUCCUCCUCUUCUUUCUCGUACACAAAACGUUGUCGUUUCAUCUCUUGUUCUUUAGAAGACCACUCUUCUUCUUCGCCAAUCACAUCCACUUCUGGUCGCAGAUUGAGCAAGCACGUUAUUCUAGACAACGACGAUCCAGGUCCCACCACCACCGCCUCCGAGACCCGUUUGAGUCGAAACCCGACCCGGAGUUUGAAGUCCGUGUUCGGAUCCGGGAAGCGGUAUUUGUUGCGGAAGAAAGUCAGAAGCAUCAUUCUGCUCAAUGUCAUCACUUUUGUUUACGCUAGUAACAUUCCAGUUGUCAAAGAGGUUCAGGCAAUUAUGGAUCCAGCAGCUUUCACAUUUGUGCGCUUCAGUCUUGCUGCCAUUCCCUUCAUUCCAUCUUUAUUGCGAGGAUGGAAAGAUUCUAGUACUAGAAAUGCAGGCAUAGAGUUGGGUUUCUGGGUCAGUCUGGGAUACCUCAUGCAGGCACUUGGACUGCAAACCUCCGAUGCUGGUCGUGCAUCAUUUAUAUCUAUGUUCACUGUAAUUGUGGUUCCAUUACUUGAUGGCAUGUUAGGAGCAGUGGUUCCAGCUAUAACCUGGUUUGGUGCUCUCAUGUCCAUUGUUGGAGUCGGAAUGCUGGAAACCAGUGGGUCGUCCCCAAGUGUUGGAGAUCUUUUGAACAUUUUAAGCGCAGUGUUUUUUGGCAUUCAUAUGUUGAGAACUGAACAUACAUCAAGAAGCAUAAGUAAAGAGAGGUAUCUGCCCCUCCUAGGAUAUGAGAUUUGCAUGGUUGCUUUGUUUUCUGCCAUAUGGUGUCUUAUUGGAAGUUCCACUGAUGGGGCUCAACAUCCCUUACCAUCAUUUUGGACAUGGUCAAUGCUUAGGGAUUGGAUGGUAGGCUUUCCGUGGAUACCUGCAAUUUAUACAGGGAUAUUCUCAACUGGUUUUUGCUUGUGGAUAGAGAUGUCGGCAAUGUGUGAUGUAUCAGCCACAGAAACAGCUAUAAUUUAUGGUAUGGAACCAGUUUGGGGUGCUGGUUUUGCAUGGUUUCUUCUUGGUGAAAGGUGGGGUCCCACAGGAUGGAUUGGUGCUUCCCUUGUGCUAGGUGGAAGCUUAGCAGUUCAGAUAUUUGGAACCUCAAGUAAGUCUAAGAGAGAAGAAAAACGAAGUAAGAAAGAUGAUGACCUAAUGAUUUCUGACCAAAAGAAAGAUGGUGUAAGAGGGCGGUAAAGAUGGCAGUGGCGGUGAUGGAGGGUGAUGGUUAUGGUGGUGGCUGUAAGGUGGCAGCGGUGAUGCUGAGUGGUGGUUAGGGUGGUGGCGGCUGCGACUGUGUUGGAAGUGAUGGUGAUGAUGGUAGUGGGGUGGUGGCAGCGACGGUGAAGGCAGGUUCUGGUGGCGAUGGUGGAGGGUUGUGGUGGUGGUAGUGGUAGUGGUGGUGUUGGCGACGGUGGUGGUGUUGGAAGUGAUGGUGAUGAUGUUGGUGGCGGUGGCAGUAAUGAUGGUGGAGGCGGUGGAGGGAGGUGGUUGUGGCGGUAGUAAUGGUGGUGGGUCAUGGCGAUAUGUAGUAGUGGCGGCGAUGGAGAGUGAGGUGGUGGAGGCGGUGGUGGUGGAAUGUGAUGGUGAUGGUGGUGGUGAGUGGUGGCAGUGGCGAUAGCGAUGAUGACAACGACAGUGGUGGUGGCGGAGGCAGCAGCAGUGGUGGUGGCGAGGGCGGUGGUGGAGAGUGGUGGUAGAAAUGGUGGAGGGUGGUGUGGUGGUGAUGGUGGAGGGUUUUGGUGGUGGCUUAUACAUCACACUCUUAUCAUGGCUUAUACAUCAUCUAUAGGGUGGAUUAAAUAAUCAAUCAUUUUAAUGUAUAAGAGAUGAUUGGUGUAUAAGCCUAUACAAUAAAAUGUCAGCACCAAACAAUGAAUAAGUGCAUAAUGUAUUGUAUAAACUUAUACUAUCAUGCCUAAUACGACAUGUCAAACGAGCCCUUAUUCUUUGUUAGAAGUGUGGUUUAGAUUAAUGUUCCGAAAUUUUUAACAA